AGACAGAGAGAGAGAUUAAGAGACAAAAAGAGAGAUUGAGAAACAGAGAGAAAAAGAGAAAGAGAGAGAAAGAGAUUGAGAGACAGAAAAAGAGAGAGAGAGAGAAAAAGAUUAAGAGACAAAGAGAGAGAGAGAAAGAAAGAGAGAUUAAAAGACAGAAAAAGAAAGAAAGAGAGAAAGAGAUUGAGAGAGAGAUUGGGAGACAGAAAGAGAGAUUGAGAGACAGAAAGAGAGAUUAA